CAUGAUAUUCCUGCGGAGCUCCUGACUAUAAUACGUCAAUGUCAAUAAUACACGGAACAAAAAUACCGUCGAACCGCUUCAGCGGUCCGUGCCUCAAAUCUGCCCCCGUACGCCACACGUCUGAAAGAUAGACGUUCACUUAUAUCAACAAAUAUGCCGAAGGCAGCGAAAGGGAAGGGUCAGGCGGAGAAGAAGGCUAUUCACCCAUUCAGCAGAAAAGCUGCAUAUUUAGCAAGCGCUGCCAUCAAACAACAGAGGAAAGAAAAGUUAAAGGGUGAAAAAGCACAGCGUCUAAGUUUGAUUGGUGAAAAACUUUUGUGGUUCCAAAGCCAGCUGGACCCUGACAAGUCAGAAUACACCAAACAAGAUGCUUGUAAUAUAACUGAGAGGUACCUUCACCGGUUUGACAGAGAGCUGGAGCAGAUUGAGUUAGCGAACAGUAUUAAAGGACGACAGGGCCGUCAGCACGGCUCUAGAGAGGCCAUCAUCAAACAAACAAUGGAGCGAGAAAGAGCUCAGUAUGAAGGCAAUGGCUUUGAAGUCCCUGAUAUCAUCAACUCUAAGCAUCUGAAAAUAUUCAGAGAGUGGACCGGUGACCUCAAGAAACUCCCCAACAUUAAGAUGAGAAAGGUUUCAGCCAAAGGCUCUGAUAGCAGCGUGUCUGCAGUUUCACAAGAUACUGAUACAGAGCUAUAGUACUGUGAAAUCCUGCAGCUCUACUAUAGUUUACUGCAGAGGAAUGGACAUCAUGCAGCGUAAGGACGGAAAGAGCAAGACGUUGCUUUGUGUUACUAGUGCUUCCAACUAGUAGCCAGUGUACUGAGCCUCUUGAAAAAAAAUGUUGUUGUGAGGAAGGGUGUUACUUAGUCUCUCAGGUAACAGUAUUAUUAGUUCAUAAAUAAACAGAGACUUUGAAACCGUUUGAUACAUUCACUGGUUUAUUGCAUGUUUCUUUUAAAAUGUGCAUCUGAGUUGUGAACACUGAUGUUGAUCACCAAAUCUUAUGAUCCUGGCAUGGCCCUGUGUGUGUUUGUUUUUUGUAAGAAUAGAGCAGGUCAAACUCUUCAUUCCAUGAAGUUUUUAAAUGAACCUAAAGGACUUGAUUAGUUGGAUCAGGUGUGUUUAAUUAGGGUUGAAUCUAAACUCUGCAGGGCUCCAGCCCUCCAUGAAUUGAGCUUGACACCCCUGUACUAGAGGAUUGGCUUCUGUGACUUGAAUAAUGACUUCUGUAACUGCCUUUUUCACCUGUUACUUUCAGAUGUCACGUAACAGAGUUUUCACUAAUCUACCAAGCUGCAGAGAACAGAUUAAUCACUUCAGAACAUGUUAUGAAUGUGAGAAUUUUUACAUCUGACCAGUGAGAAAUAUUUGUAAGCUAUACAAUACGGCUGCCAAUCAAUUAAGGCAAGACACCACAGGUGAAUAGGAUAAAAACAUUUAAAGAAACAGUUCACCCAAAAAUGAAAAUGUACUCACUCUCAAGACCAUCCGAGAUGUAGACGAGUUUGUUUCUUCAUUAGAACAGAUUUGGAGAGCUUUUUUAACUUCUAUCAGGAGUUUGGACUCUCAUUCUGCCGGCACCCAUUCACUGGUGAGCAUGUGAUGAAAAAACAAACUCACCUACAUCUUGUAUGGCCUGAGAGUGAGUCGAUUUUCAUUUUGGGAGGAACAGUUCCUUUAACUAAUAGAUACCACCAAACGUCCUGUUGACUGAUUACAUAAAAAAUUGCGAAUUGUUUGGUUUGCUGUCAUAUUAGAGCUAAAGGUUUUUGCAUAGGGGAUUUUUAAUCACUUGAUAAAUCAGAAAAUACUGUCAGCAGUAAGAAAAAUAUGUUUUCACCACGUUUUUAGGAAUAAAAUGUAUAAAAUCAGGAAAAUUUUAUAUGAACAAACCCUGAUGUUUGAAAUCUAUAGAUGCAAACAAAUAAAGUGCAAUAAUAAUAAUAAAAACAUUUAAAUGUG